AUGUCGGCACACCCUCGAACGCGGUCGCUGCAUCCGGGACAGGGGUGCAAGAUGGCUAUUGGGUUCCAGAAAGUCGGCUGGUCGGGGCGCCGCAGGAGGGUGGUGCGGUCAUGCGCAUCAUUGGUCUGCUGCGAGCGCCCGCCUUGCAGAAUUACGCGUGAUCGCACAUUGGCUUGCUUGGCUUGGUUUCCACAGUUUGCGACCGCUGAAGUUUCCUCUCCGAUUGUGCGUGUGGCGGGCCACCAAGCGCUCACGCCGAGCCCGCCAUCCAUCCUCGGACUCUUGGGACCACAGGACCUUGGCCUCUGCUGUGCCGGCGCAGCGUCUCGGGAACUAGCCACUCUGGCAACCGGAUUGCCUGCCCUGAGCUUGAGUUCCCGCAUCCUGAAUCCUGUGAUGGGCGCUGCACCCUGCAAGAUGCUCUUUCUGCCACAUGCUCCGCGGUGCUGCAUCGCAAGAAGACUCUGCGCUGGUGACUGCGCCAGCUGCUGCGACGCCGAGACGCGAGACGCCGAGAAUAAAUCGACGCCUCUGUGCCCCUGGAAACGCUGA